UGACAUCCGUCAAAAUAAAAUAGCGUGGCUGGCUUGCUUGCUUAGCUGCCGCUUUUUGUUGUUUUUGUGAAAUACGACAUGAAAAUUCAAUUUUAGGGACCAAGUAAAAUACGAUUAGAUGUACAAUGGCGGGCGUGUUAUUUGAAGAUAUUUUCAACGUAAAAGACAUGGACCCUGAGGGAAAGAAAUUCGAUCGAGUUAGCCGGCUACACUGUGAAUCUGAAUCGUUCAAAAUGGACUUGAUUUUAGACAUAAAUUCCUGGAUAUAUCCGAUGGAAUUGGGUGAUAAAUUUAGAUUAGUGCUUGCUACGACGUUGAGAGAGGACGGUUACCCCGACGGCGGUGAAUGGAACCCUUUAGAGACCGAGGGAAAUCGUGCUGAUAGUUUUGAGUAUGUCAUGUCGGGGAAAGUGUAUAGGAUAGAAGGUGACGAAGCAGCAAUGGAGCCUGCCUCUCGGUUAGCUGCGUACGUGUCAUUCGGAGGCCUCCUCAUGCGGUUACAAGGGGACGCCAACAACUUGCACGGGUUUGAGGUCGACCAGCACAUGUACUUGUUGAUGAAGAAAUUAGCUUUUUAAGAGAAACAAUUUUGUAUAAAAUAAAUCUAUUGAUAAUGUUGGCUAAAGUUUUUGUGCUGCAUAAAACUUUAAAAUACUUUUUAGUAGAGAUAUGUUCACAUUUCAAUUAUAAUUAACAGCAUAUAUUCCUACCGCUUGCAAGUGUUGCCAGGAGAAAAUUUGUGGAAACUGCCAAGAUGUACAAUGGGCUUCAUAUAGUUUGAUACAUGUAUGAAACAAUGUAGGUAUACUUUUGAUACAUAAUGUAAUGUAAGUUAUUAAAAAAAUACUAAGAAUUA